CCACUUUCAAUAUUCAAAGCUUUCUAAACACUGCAAAAUCCAUAGCCACAAGCACCUCAGUACCGUGGCUACCUCAAACUCCUCUCUCUUCAACCUUUACCCAUGGCCACAAUUACACUCUUCUAACUUUGAAUCUUAUUUUCCCACCAACCAAACACUUCUCUCUUUUUUUUUCCCUUCUAAAUCAACAAUACAAAGAAAAAAAAAUGGAGAGUCUUUCGAUCAGAGCAGAGAGUUUGCUUUCUCUCUCUCACCAUAAUCCCAAUUCCAGAAACUCGGUCUUCGAUUCUUCACUCAGACAUCGUCGAAUUGGCCUCUUUCCCCCCAAAGACCGGUUGGAAUUUAGGGUUUCUUGUGGUAUUAAGGAAACCCGGAAAAUAGAAGAGAGCCAGAAGAAGGUCGAUGGAAUUCUCACUGGGCUUCGUGUUGAUGAAGUGGAUGUGGACCUUGGUGGUCCGGUUUCCGGUUCUGGGGUUCGGAAUGAAGAAGUGGGUUUCAGUGGGAAUUGGCCUCCUUGGAAGAACAUGCCCCAAAGAUAUAAGCUUAUUGGUACAACUUCGUUGGCCUUUGUUAUCUGUAACAUGGAUAAGGUGAACUUGAGUAUUGCAAUUAUUCCAAUGUCGCAUCAGUUUGGUUGGAGUUCGUCAGUGGCUGGCUUGGUGCAGUCGUCGUUCUUUUGGGGCUAUGCAUUGAGUCAAUUGCCAGGCGGGUGGCUUGCCAAGAUAUUUGGUGGGAGAAAAGUUCUUAAGUUUGGAGUUUUGACUUGGUCAUUGGCUACAGCACUCGUACCUGUUCUUGCAGGGUAUAUGCCCAGCUUGCUAUUGUCAAGGAUUUUGGUAGGAAUAGGAGAAGGAGUUUCCCCGUCUUCCGCAACUGACUUGAUUGCCAGAACAAUACCUUUGGAAGAGCGCUCACGAGCUGUGGCGUUUGUUUUUGGUGGUUUGAGUGUAGGAAGUGUUGCAGGAUAUCUCUUGGCUCCACCCCUUAUUCAAAAUCUUGGUUGGGAGUAUGUGUUCUACAUAUUUGGCCUCUUGGGAGUAGGCUGGUACGCUGGUUUUCAGCUUCUGGAAGACAAUGCUACAUUGGCUGCUGAAUCCACCUCAGGUUCCCAGACUAAAUCUGUGAACAAAAAUUGGAAUGAUUCUUUGGGAGAGUUGGGUGAUUCACUGAAGGGUGUACCAUGGAAGGCAUUUUUUCGAACACCAGCAGUAUGGGCUAUGGUAUACGCUCAUUUUUGUGGAAGUUGGGGUCACUAUACGUGCUUAUCAUGGCUUCCUACUUAUUUCAGUGAGGAGCUGAGCCUGAAUUUGACCGAAGCUGCAUGGGUUUCCAUUCUACCUCCUUUGGCUUCAGUUGUUGUGACUAGUAUUGCCUCACAGAUUGCUGAUAACUUGAUUGCAAAUGGAGUUGAAACCACUACGGUGCGAAAACUUUGCCAAACAAUUGCCUUUAUGUCUCCUGCAGUUUGCAUGACUCUUUCCUCCGUUGAUCUUGGAUUGCCUCCUUGGGAAGUUGUGGGCAUUCUCACUAGCGGCCUAGCCCUCUCAAGCUUUGCACUUUCAGGCCUUUACUGUACUCACCAAGAUAUGUCGCCAGAAUACGCAAGCAUACUUUUGGGUAUGACCAACACCGUCGGAGCAGUUCCUGGAAUAGUAGGCAUUGCUCUCACUGGCUACCUCCUUGAUAUAACUCAUUCAUGGAGUUUGUCAUUAUUUGCACCAUCAAUAUUCUUCUACUUAACUGGUACCGUAGUUUGGUUGGCUUUUGCCAGCAGUAAGCCUCAAAGCUUUUCCGAAAGAGAUUGAUCCUUUUUUCUCAGGUUGCAUCUCUAGAAACCAAUAGGAGAAACGUUUUUGGAUGCAUUAGCAUGGAAAUUAGCUUCUUCCACUAGAUUUUAUUCUUUUGUAUAUUCACAUAGGAAGCUCUUGCAGUUAUACACAAAUCUCAUUGUAAUAUUCUGUACAACACAUUCGUUUUUUUUUUUCUUUUUCAUAUAUACCAAGUUAUUUCUGCAACCCCCAAAAGAUGUAUUGAAUAUGCCUGAAAUGUCAUAUUGUAUAGCAGCUUUUUAAGCA